AUGAGAGCAUACACAGCAUCUUUUCUGGACGAACAGAACACUCAGAUGAUUCAUUAUUUGAGUCAUUAUUUCUACCUGAGUCCAUACAAGACUAACGAAGGCAUCGCUGGCUACGACAUGGCCAUUGUGGUUCUACAAGAUCCCCUCGUUUUCGAUCCCUACCGACAACCUUUGGUGCCUUGUGGGGGGCUAACUGGACUAUCGAAUGUGAAUAACUUGGAUAUUUGGUCACUAGGGAUGGGACUUAUCCAAUCUGGGGAUGAAGAUAAUGAUAUCCUGCCAACUCCAGCGGAUUUUCUAAUGGAGGUUCAGUUGGAUGAAGUGGACGAGGGAGAGUGUAGGAGGCACUACGGAGAUCAGAGUCCUCAGGGAUCCCUUCUCUGCUACACUGAUCUAGAGGGAAAGAGGAGAGAAGAGGAUGACAAGCCCAUAGGGGACACUUGUGAUGGCGACAGCGGUGGCCCAUUAUUUCUAGUAGACAAACAAAAAGAAGCAGUUUGUGUUUAUGGGGUUGUCAACUACGGGUGGGAUACAAAAUGUGGAGACAAAUCUACAACCAGUGCAGCUGCUAGAGUAUCUUACUACAUUGGGCUAUUCGAGCAGGACGGAGAAGUCGGCGGGUAA